CCCUUUGUGUCUUGGAAGGAUGGCGGAACAAAUCCCAUAUGGUGUGGCUACAAGUCUCAUCAACACGUUGGCUUCAGCAGCCUUCAGAGAGAUUGCUUCCAUCUAUGGGGUGGAGAGAGAGAUUGAUUGGCUGAAGGAAACUAUUGAAGACAUUAAAGCUGUGCUCGCUGAUGCUGACCAGAAGCAGCACACUGAACAACUCAUCCAGCGCUGGAUAACCAAACUCAAACAAGUGCUUUAUGAAGCAGAUGACUUGCUUGAUGAGAUCCACGCUCAACAUUUGCUGCGCAUGAGGGACGGAAAAGGAAAGGGAAAGGGAAAGACCUUUGUUUCCAAGAGAAUAAGGCCUCACAGAGCAUGCUCUGCUCACUGACUCUUUAAAACAAGGUCGAGAUAUGCAGGUUGAUCUUGCGAGUUACGGCUACUCCAUUGUAAGUAAGUUAAUUUCUCAUUGAGUUGAAAUACGAAAAAUUGGGUUACAAAUUAGAUCACCAUGUCUUCUUAUUCUUAGUUGAUUUUAGUUUGUUGCUCAAUUUCAAAAUUGGAUGGAUGUGAUAAGGAAACUACAUUCCUACUCUGAAUUUGAAUUCAGUUGCAAUGAAUUAUAUCGCUGGCUGUUCAAGUUUGAAAGCCUAGAUA